UUCAUAAGCUGCCAAGUGUCAAAAGUUUUUACACUAUUGCAUUAUUAAUUAUAUUUCGCCCUCGUUCUCAAUAUUACAACAUGUAGUUCCCUCUUCUUCCCGACAUUGGUCACAGCGAUUUUAGAGAAAAAACAAAAGAUGGGAUGUGCCGUGCGUCACAGCCCGUGCCCACGAAGCACACGGCAACCAUCGACGCUAAUUCUUUCUCGCUGUGCGACAGAGGUCACUUCGCGAACGUAAAAGUGUAAUAUUGUGCCAUGGGAAAACAUAGAGCAGAAGUGAAUGUGGAAACUCUGCAUAAGCAGAUGGAGUUGUUGAAGGCUGAAAUGAAGAAAUUAAAGGAAGGAAGCAUGUCUGAUGAUGGUGAGUGUAAAAUUAAAAUAUCCAUCAAGCGCCUGUACGAGCGACAGGACAAUGAUCGGUCAUUCGAUGGCAUGUACACGAGCGGUGCAACAUUCGAAUUAUAUUAGAUGAAUAACUUUCAAAUGAAAACGUAGCGCAUGCACGAGCGGCAUGACAGUUUUUUGUUUUACGCGCACAACACAUGCGCAAGUUUUAAACGCAUGGCGCUGUCUCUUGGUUACAGGUAGCAUAGAAUCGGAAAGCUCGAUUCAGAGUGAUACAGUUAUGGAGGAAAUUAAUAAUGGAAAUGAUAAAGAAAAUGUGAUUGAUAAGCCGAAUGUGGAAGAGGCGGAUACCUUGGAAGAUGAGUUGAAUGAGGAUUGCUUGGCUGCUCUAGGAGCAGACCCUACAGUAGAUUGUACAAAGCAGGUAAAACUGCAUAAUUCCAUUAGUAAAAGAUGGUCUCAUUGGUUUUUCAAAGGGUUUAAGGACGUGGAAAAAGAAAGAUUAAUAGCCAAAUAUCCGGCACCGGGAAACUUACAACCACCCAAGCUAAAUGCAGAAAUUGCUGCAUUUCUAAUGCAAUCUUCGGUUAAACGCGAUUCACAUUUCAUGCAAAGGCAAAAAUUGGCAACGUCUACUUUGGCAAUAUUAGGUGCCAUGUUCAAUAGCGUAAUAGAUGAAAAAGAUGGUGUAGACAAAAUUGAUUUUGUGAAAAAAAUUAAUGAUGCCGCAAAAUUGAUAAACCAGCUAGUCUUCGAUCAGACGGAGGCUAGAAAGGCUUUCAUUUUACCAGGCGUUGAUAGGCAUAAGAAGGCGAUUCUGACUAAUACCCAAACAGAUGAAUAUGUGUUUGGGAGUAAUUUAAAGGAAAGGAUAAAAGAAGCGAAAGCGUUGGAGAAGAUUGGGCAGGAUAUAAAACAGGCUGGAUCAUCUAGACCAUUGAGGCCAGUGAAUAAUUUAAACUGGAGCGGCCCACAAACGACGAAGCCGGCGUUUUUGCGAAUGGGCCAAGGAAAUCAUCCGGCAAAUUCAAGGCCACGACCGUUCUUCAAGAACAAGCAAUUUCUUUACAACUCGAGGGUAAAGAAUCAGAAUCGGUACAUACCAAGAGACAGAGCAGUGCAGAACCGAAGAGAUCAAGAAGGGAGGAUAUAAAUGUAGGUAUUGCAGGGAGAUUAAAGAAAUUUUAUAAUAAUUAGGAAAAAAUCACCGACGAUAAGGUUGUUUUGGACUGUAUCAAAGGGUACAAAUUGAAAUUUGAGAGAACGAGGAUACAAGUGAAUAAGCUUAAAGUAAGCAUUGAUUCGGGCAGGCUGUCACCCAAGAUACCAUCACCUGUCUUGAAUAGCAGGAAUAGUAUCAUCAAGGCGUUCGAGAUCAUGAAAGUCCCUCACGCCUCAAUGGAGAUUUUAUUGACAUCCUUGUCGGCAGCCACAUAUUUAUAACCAUAAAUGUGGUGAAGAUUUAGUAAUAAGACGGUUUUUUAAAGGUAUUGGCCACCAAGACCAAACUAUAACUUUACCUGGGAUGUAUCCGUUGUUUUAAAUUACUUAAGAACAUUAGAUCCCUUGUCGGGUUUAAGUUUACAAGAUUUAACGUAUAAAACGGUGACUUUAAUAGCCGUAUGUACCGCCCAUAGGGUCCAGACGCUAGCCAGUAUUAAAGUAAGAAAUGUUAGAAAUACGGAAGCAGGAUUAGAAAUAAGAAUACCAGAUGUGAUAAUAACAUCAGAUCGGAAUCGUUACCAGCCACUAUUAUAUUUACCAAGAUUCUCUAAUGAUAAAAGACUGUGUGUGGCAUUGGUGAUUGAAUA